AUGAAUUAUUUUGAUACAAAUAUACAAAAUUCAAAUAUUUUAGAUGAUGAGUAUGAAGAAGAAGAAGACGAAAUUGGAUUAGAUAAAAUAGAUGAAAUAGUGAAUAAUAGAUUAUCUAAAAUUAAAGAAGGAAAUAAAAUACAAGAAGUUCAUCAUCAAAUAUUCUUUUAUUAUAAUAGUUUAAAUAUUAUAUUAGGUAAACAAGGAACAGGAAAAACAACAUUUAUAAUGAAAGAAUUAAUAAAAAUGAAUAAAAUAGAACAUUUAUAUGGAGCAGUUAUUUAUGUAUCACAAAGUGCAGGAGAAGAUGAAACAUUUAAAGAAUUAAAAGAUUUAAUUAAAACACCAAUUUAUGGAAUGAAUUAUGAAAAAUUUAUGCCAGCAUUAAUACAAUAUUAUAAACAACCACAAGAAAAACAUUUAUUAAUUAUAUUAGAAGAUGCAUCAUUUUCACUAAUGAAAGAAGAUAAAACAUGGGGAGAAAUUAUUACAAGAUUAAGACAUUUAAAAACAACUAUUAUUGUAAAUAUGCAUAUUUGGAAAAGUUUAAAUGCCUCAUUUAAAACACAAGUAGCAACAAUUAUUAUAUUUAAAGGAUAUUCUAAAGAAAAUUUUAAUUAUAUAUUUAGACAAACAGCAGCAAAUACAAGUGGAUUUGUUGGAUAUUAUUUAUAUUUAGGAAUGAAUAAAGAACAAGUAUUAAAAAUAGAUAAUUUAACAGGAGAUAUAAGUGUUAUUAAAAAAUAA